AUGGCUGAGGCCAGUAUGUCAGUAAAUCACGACCAGUUCAUUUGUUCAGUGUGUCUGGAUCUCCUGAAAAAUCCAGUGACUCUCCCCUGUGGUCACAGCUACUGUAUGGUGUGUAUUAAUCAAUACUGGGAUCGGAAGGAUAAUAAUAGAGUGUACAGUUGUCCUGAGUGCAGAGACACUUUCACUCCAAGGCCUGUUCUAUGCAGAAACAUCAUGCUGGCUGAAGUGGUGGAGAAACUGAAGAAGAAGACUGAAGUCCAAGCUGCUUCUCCUGCUCACUGUUACGCUGGACCUGGAGAUGUGGAGUGUGAUUUCUGCACCGGGAGAAAACACAAAGCCGUCAAGUCCUGUCUGACGUGUCUGGCCUCCUUUUGUGAAACUCAUCUGAAACCUCAUUAUGAAGUUCCUGGAUUGAAAAAGCACAGUUUAGUCACAGCCUCUGGAAAGAUCUGCCCUGAGCAUGAUGAAGUGCUGGAGAUGUACUGUCGUAUUCACCGAUGCUUCAUCUGUUACAUGUAUUUCUGUGAUCUGACUCUGGAUCCCAACACAGUAAAUUAUUACCUUAUUCUGUCUGAGAUGAACAGAGCGGUGACGUGCAGUAAGAGAGCGCGAAAGUACUCUGAUCAUCCAGAGAGAUUUGACUACUAUGUGCAGGUGUUGAGUAAGGAGAGUGUGUGUGGACGCUGUUACUGGGAGGUGGAGUGGAGCAGUGAGGAGUGUGUGUACAUAGCAGUCUCAUAUAAAGACAUCAGCAGGAAAGGAUGGGGAAAUGAGAGUAGAUUAGGAGGCAACAAUCGGUCCUGGAGUCUGCGAUGCUCUCCUUCUUUGCUCUCUUUCUAUCACAACAACGUUAGGACUGAUCUCGGAGCUCCAUCAUCCUCCAGAAUAGGAGUGUAUGUGGAUCACAGUGCAGGAACUCUGUCCUUCUACAGCGUCUCUGACACGAUGGAGCUCCUCCACAGAGUCCACACCACAUAUGCUCAGCCUCUGUACGCUGGAUUCUGGCUCCGCUAUCGAUCAACUGUAAGAUUUUUGGACAUUUGAAU